CGCAGGAAGUAGCACGUUUAACACGGAUUCUACUUAACACAUUGACAGGCGGUGAGCGCUUCAAUACAGCCGGGGCUCCAUUCACAUUCCUGGGUCCGAGAGUUCGGAAAAUCCGCCAAAAUGUCAGCUGUCGAUCUGGAGAAGCUGCGGAUGGCAGGAGCCGGGAAAGCAAUCGCUGUGCUGACCAGCGGCGGGGAUGCACAAGGAAUGAAUGCUGCAGUUCGUGCUGUGACACGCAUGGGUAUUUAUGUUGGAGCAAAAGUUUUUCUCAUAUACGAGGGUUAUGAAGGACUAGUUGAAGGCGGAGAGUGUAUUAAACAAGCCAAUUGGCUUAGCGUGUCAAAUAUAAUUCAGAUGGGAGGAACAAUUAUUGGAAGCGCCAGGUGCAAGGCAUUCACUACUAGAGAAGGACGAUUAUCUGCGGCUUAUAAUCUUGUCCAACAUGGGAUAACCAACCUUUGUGUCAUUGGUGGUGAUGGCAGCUUAACUGGAGCAAACAUCUUCCGUAAAGAGUGGGGUGGCCUGCUGGAAGACUUGGUAAAGGAUGAGAAAAUUACUGAAGAGGUUGCUCAGAAGUAUUCUCACUUAAACAUCGUGGGGCUGGUGGGGUCUAUUGACAAUGACUUCUGCGGCACUGAUAUGACAAUUGGAACGGAUUCUGCGCUACAUCGAAUCAUGGAAGUUAUUGAUGCAAUUACUACGACUGCCCAGAGCCAUCAACGAACAUUUGUGCUUGAGGUUAUGGGAAGGCAUUGUGGGUAUUUAGCGUUGGUGUCUGCCUUGGCAUCUGGUGCCGAUUGGCUCUUUAUUCCAGAGUGUCCUCCUGAAGAAGGCUGGGAAGACUUUAUGUGUGCACGACUUGGAGAGACCCGAAGCAGGGGUUCCCGACUGAAUAUAAUUAUCAUUGCUGAAGGUGCAAUUGACCGAAACGGACAGUUGAUCUCAUCUAACUACGUAAAAGAUCUAGUGGUCCAGCGUUUGGGCUUUGAUACACGUGUAACUGUUCUUGGUCAUGUACAGCGAGGAGGAACACCAUCAGCAUUUGACCGUGUGUUGAGUAGUAAAAUGGGAAUGGAGGCUGUUAUAGCAUUGCUGGAGGCCACUCCCGACACACCAGCUUGUGUAGUGAGCCUGUCUGGAAACCAGUCUGUACGCCUGCCUUUGAUGGAAUGUGUUCAAGUGACAAAAGAUGUGCAAAAAGCUAUGGAUGAAAAGCGAUUUGAAGAAGCAAUUCAGCUUAGAGGAAGGAGUUUUGAAAAUAAUUUGAAUAUAUACAAACUUCUUGCACAUCAGAAGCCCUCAGAAGUAAAGAGUAACUUUAGCUUGGCGAUUUUAAAUGUUGGUGCACCAGCUGCUGGAAUGAAUGCCGCUGUUCGAUCUGCUGUGCGAAUUGGAAUUUCUCAGGGACACACUGUGUACAUAGUGAAUGAUGGCUUUGAAGGCUUGUCGAAAGGACAGAUUAAAGAAGUAGGGUGGCAUGAUGUUGCUGGUUGGCUUGGACGUGGUGGUUCAAUGUUAGGGACAAAGCGUACACUUCCCAAGACAUGCAUGUUGAAGAUUGUGGAAAACAUAAGAAAAUUUAACAUUCAUUCCCUUCUUGUUGUUGGUGGAUUUGAGGCUUAUGAAGGCGUUUUGCAGCUUGUUGAGGCCAGGGGACAAUACGAGGAGCUCUGCAUUGUAAUGUGUGUUAUUCCAGCAACAAUCAGUAACAACGUGCCUGGGACUGAUUUCAGCAUUGGUUCAGAUACUGCUGUCAAUGCAGCAAUGGAGAGCUGUGACCGCAUUAAGCAGUCUGCAUCAGGGACAAAGCGGCGUGUGUUCAUAGUGGAAACUAUGGGUGGUUACUGUGGCUACCUUGCCACUGUGACCGCAAUUGCAGUGGGUGCAGAUGCUGCAUACAUCUUUGAGGAUCCAUUUAGCAUUCAUGAUCUGAAGUCAAAUGUGGAGCACUUGCGAGACAAGAUGAAGACUGAUAUUCAAAGAGGUCUUGUGCUAAGGAAUGAAAAAUGUAAUGAAAACUAUACCACAGAGUUUCUACAUAACCUCUACUCUGCAGAAGGCAAGGGGAUUUUUGACUGUCGGACUAAUGUUCUUGGUCACUUACAGCAGGGUGGGGCACCUACUCCUUUUGAUCGAAAUUAUGGAACAAAGCUUGGUGUAAAGGCAGUUCAGUGGAUCACUGAAAAACUGCAAGAGUCGUACCGCAGGGGUCGCGUAUUUGCUAAUUCUGAAGAUACUGCCAGUGUCAUAGGACUGAAGAAGAAAGUUGUGGCUUUUACAUCUGUGAGUGAAUUAAGAAAAGUGACUGAUUUUGAACACAGAAUGCCCAAAGAGCAGUGGUGGUUUAACUUGCGCCUGAUGCUGAAGAUGUUGGCCAACUAUCAAAUUAGCAUGACCGAAUACGUUUCAGGAAAGAUUGAACAUGUUACACGCCGGACACUAAGCAUAGAAAAGGGGUUUUAGUUUGGAACGUAACCAACAGUCCAUACAUCUCAAUGUGUAAAGGCUAUGAAAAAUAUCUAACAUUGCUCAGUAUGCCUGACAUAUAACCUGAAAUAACUUAAUAGCCAACAACAUAUACAUUCUGUGCCAGAAAAUGGCAAACCAUUUCACAUCAUCAUGUUACAAGUGAAGUUACCUGUAAAUUGUGUUUGUGAUCUCAUUUGUAAUUUGGGUGCAAAGAUGUGUAAUUUUGAUUAAAUAUUUAUAAUAGAUUCCAAUCAAAACAAA